AUGAACAUGAAUAUUCAAGUCGUGUCAGACGACCAGACUCUUUCAGCAGAACCACUACAAAGUUCGCACGAGGCGACCGCAAGGCUCUACGAGUCAGACGCCUUGCCUCUUCCACGCCACAUUAGUGGCGAGUACACAGCCAUACCAGGCAUUGGCAGCGGUUGCCAAACGAGUGCUGUGCUGCCCUCGGGGUAUCUUGCCCAGUCAGCUCAGCGACUUGCUAAUAAUGGCUCGGUCACGCUGCCCUAUUUAAUACGGGGCCGUGAUGGGCAGCGCUUUGGGAGCCACCUUGACCCCAACCAGUAUGCUCGCUACAAAACCACCUCACUACGAAAUCGUGUGAAUCGCAAUACUACGAUUGCAAAUCACCAAAACCACCAGAAGAGGCGCAAGCUACAACAGCCUAUACCCAACGCUUGUUUGAUUGGACGUAACGAUGCUGGCCUUGGACUCUUGCCCACGUCAGCCGUGCUUGGACCUUGCCUUUCUGUACCGGGCCUUGAGUGGUCGUAUGCUUCUGCUCAAAACCUUACCGGAGAAUGGGAUACUUUCGGUACGGCCAUAAGGCAACUCACGGCACCAAACAUGACAAUCAAUGACCAGCAGCCAUUGUUUCCUAUGGACCUCUCUUUUGGAGAUGAAGCCGUGUAUCCCUUCAUGUGCAGCGACAACGCAACUGCCAGCCUGUGCAAGCCCAGACCAAAACUACAAACAAGGGCAUUGGUAUUAUGGAGACUCUUGACUGCCUUUGCGAAGUCGCGAGGAGUAGUCAGACCUUAUGAUUACGGCAUUGGCCCUAUUCGCAAGCACGCAAACGGGGAGUCAAGCAGGGCUUCACAAGCGUCUACUCAACAAAGCAGUCAACAGAGCGACAAAGGACAACAAAAAAGGGCGCGCCGUGGUGGCGUCAACAAUAGAAACGGUGAUGGAAACGGCCGCAAAAAACGAUCGCCAAAUACGAUCACCGGCACCGAGGAAGAGGAAACAAGCCGCUCCUUUGCCUGCACAUUUUACAAAUCAGAUCCUGUCCGUUAUAAAGACUGCAGAGACCGAAAGUUCGACGCUAUACAUCGUCUCAAAUGCCACAUCCAGCGAAAACACGAAACCCCAAUUCAUUGCACUGUUUGCUUCAAGGUGUUCAAAAAAGCAGCUGAUCGAAAUGUACACUGCCAGCAAGAGACAUGUCUAGUACAAGAACGACCACCAUCCUGGGCAGGGCGUCUUAAUGAGGUGCAAAAAGGGAAACUCAGGAAACGCAUCGAUCAGACCAAGAGUCAACACGAUCAAUGGAAUGAUAUCUUUCAGAUUUGCUGCCCUGGCGAGGAUUUGCCUGCUGAUCAUUACAUCUCAGAACGAUUGGUGGCACCAAACCUGAGCGUACUACAGGAUCACCUGAUAAAGCAACUUCCACACGAAUACAACAAGUUUAUUGCUUCUUAUGGCCUCCCAGUCGAACUCACCGGUCUAGGAGCCGUGGUACAAGCGCAUGUUAUGAACUUUUUUCAAACGGCGGUACCACGCACGAUGCAGAGCUUCGAGCAGCCUAACGGGAACAAAGAGGGUUCACCUAUGGUAACCGUGAGUCCUAACCCGGAUACGGACUUCGAACCGUGGAUGGAAUGGAAAGACAUUUUCGUCUACCCAGAGAAUGGCUCUGCAACAGACGUUGGGCUUUUUGAACUACCUGCGUCACAUCAGUGGACAGGAUCCACGGCAGCACCUUCAAUAUCAAAUGACACGCCUCAUUUAUCUCAGCGAACUGCUGUCAGCGUACCACAUAAUGAGGAAUACAUCGACGCCUUGAAUUUAUUGGGGACGGCAGUUGGAACGACUGUCAGACCGCCAUCGGAUCCUGAUGCAAUGGAAGACAUCCUCCAGUUCGACUAA